UAGGAAAAGAUUAUAAAGGAGAUAAUGGAUCAAAAUUACUUAAAGAAAGAAGGUUAAAAAGUCUCUAUAUGAUUUUAUUAUGUAUGGAUAUUCUUGCUAAAUAUAUUUGUAGAGUUAUAAGGUUAGAUACCUUACAAGUACCAAUAAAUGUCAACCAAUUUGAAAAG